GUUCACACAGAGUACGUUAGCUACAAUCCGGACGUCCCAUUGAGAUUUUGUAGAACCAGCUCAGGAGGGGAACUACUAGAGGAUGAAGGAGUUAUUGUUCUCACUGAUGCCAACGUGUACCAAGAUGGAUUGAAAUAUGACAUUGGGGAGGAUUCUCUUGAGAAGGCAGCGUCCUAUCGCGUACCCCGAGCUCAAUCGUACGCUGCGCAGAACGCAGAACCACAAUUUCCAAAACCUGCGCGAGUCAGAGAAAUCUCUCCCGAGUCUUGGCUAUGGACUGAUGCUUACGUCGGAGUGAACGGCUCAGCAUCUAUCACUGCCACGGUACCAGACACCAUUACGUCAUGGGUGGUCAGUGCCUUCGCCAUCAAUUCAAACUCUGGUCUGGGCGUGGCCCAAACACAAGCUCGCCUGAAAGUCUUCCGACCGUUUUUUGUCAGCCUCAACCUCCCCUACUCUGUGACUCGUGGUGAGCAGCUGGCAUUUCAAGCAAACGUCUUCAACUACCUGCCAGCCGAUAUGCAGGUACGGGUGACGCUGGCCGCGUCUAAACGUUUCCACAACAUUUUUAUCGACGCCACAGGAAACCAGGAACUGAAACAGGUUGAUGUUGUACAGGAUAUUAUGGUCAAGGCUGGUGAGGCCAAGUCUGUGUAUUUCCCUAUCGUCCCUGCCGACCUUGGUAGAAUUGACGUGGAGGUCAAGGCCCAAUCCACCAAGGCCGCCGACGCUGUGCGCAGACAACUCCUUGUUGAGGCUGAAGGUGUCCCCAAGCAAUACAACGUUCCUGUCCUCAUCGACCUGAGAGACGGCAAAAAAACUUUCUCAAAGACCAUUGACCUUACGCUGCCUGACAACGUAAUGAAGGGAUCUGAACUGGUUAGAAUUUCGGCUGUCGGGGACCUGAUGGGUCCAACCAUAGCUGGACUGGCCUCCGUGCUCCAGUUACCAACCGGAUGUGGGGAGCAGACCAUGCUUGACCUGGCAGCGGAUGUCUACGUCACAGAUUACCUGGACUGUGUCAAUCAACUGAAUGGAGAUGUCAAGACCAAAGCCAUCAACUUCAUGGAGAGUGGCUACCAGGGUGUGCUGACCUACAAACACAGCGACGGAUCUUUCAGUGCUUUUGGCACCAGUGACAAGUCUGGCAGUAUGUGGCUGACAGCUUUUGUAGCCCGCGUCUUCCACCAGGCCAAACGUCACAUCUUUGUGGAUGACAACAUCAUCAGCGACGCCAUCCUGUGGAUGAUACAGCAUCAAAAAACGGACGGCAGCUUUCCAGAACCUGGCGUGGACCAAGCAGGGUCAGGGGUCAAGUUAACCUUGUUUGUACUGAUCUCACUACUAGAGAACCGUGAUGAUAUGAAGUUCCUGAAUGUUGAUGAGGCCAUACAAAAAGCCCUGUCCUACGCCGAACAGGAAGUUGCCAAGUUGGAUGAUCUCUACGUUCUCGCCAUGGCGUCUUACGCUUUCCAACUGGCCGGCAGCAACAUGACCCAAGCUGUUCUAGAUAAACUGGAGGCUGAGUCAACUCAGAAGUACGGCAUGAAGUACUGGCACCAGUCAGAUCAACCGAAGAUCAUCACGAGCCAUAGCCCCAACCCCACCAAGGCCGUUGACAUUGAGAUGACCGCCUACGUCUUGCUGACCUACACAAAGCGGGGCGACCUGGUGGCGGGCAAGAGCAUCAUGCAGUGGAUCACCAAACAGAGAAACGCCAACGGAUGCUUCACGUCCACACAGGAUACAGUCGUUGCCCUGAACGCCCUCAGCGAGUACUCCAAACAGACGUAUAGCAACAAAUUAAAACUCCACAUCACCACCCAGCUGGACGAUGAGUCUACCUACACUUUUGAUAUUAACAAUACCAACUUACUUCUGCUGCAGUCUAGAAAGAAUACAAAAGUACCAGCUCAAGUUGUGAUCACAGCCACUGGCUCAGGUCUGGCACUUGUUCAGGCUGCUGUAAGCUUCAACGUGCUGUCAGAUAUAGUGCCAGAAAACUUUAAUCUAAAAUUGGAAAUAGUAAAGGAGAAUCUCACCUACUUGGAUGUGGAAACUUGCACAAGAUGGAUAGGAAAGGGCACAAACAGCGCCAUGGCAGUCCAAGAGUUUGGUAUCCCAUCAGGCUUUGCAGCUGACCUUGACGACUUGACCAAGCUAGACAUCCUGAAGAGAGUCGAGACACAAAACAAGAAGGUCAUCCUCUACUUCGACAAGAUCGGCACGACGCCCGUGUGUUUAAACCUUAGAGUCAGACGAGUUGAUUUUGUUGCCAAGUCCCAGCCAGCUGCCGUCAGGGUCUAUGACUACUAUGAGCCACGCAACCAGGUGACAGUAUUCUACCAAUCACAACUUCUGAAAGACUCCACCAUCUGUGAUGUUUGCCGGGAAUGUGAGAAAUGUCAACCACCAAUUGAACAGGAAGAGCUAAAAGUCUUCCGACAGUUUUUUGUCAGCCUCAACCUCCCCUACUCUGUGACUCGUGAUGAGCAGCUGGCACUUCAAGCAAACGUCUUCAACUACCUGCCUGACGAUAUGCAGGUACAGGUGACGCUGGCCAAGUCUAAACGUUUCCACAACAUCUUCAUCGACACCACAGGAAACCAGGAACUGAAACAGGUUGAUGUUGUACAGGAUGUUCUGGUCAAGGCUGGUGAAGCCAAGUCUGUGUAUUUCCCCAUCGUCCCUGCUGACCUUGGUAGAAUUGACGUGGAGGUCAAGGCCCAAUCCACCAAGGCCGCUGACACCGUGCGCAGACAACUCCUGGUUGAGGCUGAAGGAGUCCCCAAGCAAUACAACGUCCCUGUCCUCAUCGACCUGACAGAUGGUAAAAAAACUUUCUCAAAGACCAUUGCCCUCACGCUGCCUAACAACGUAGUGAAGGGAUCUGAGCUUGUUAGAAUUUCAGCUGUCGGUGACCUGAUGGGUCCAACCAUAGCUGGACUUGGCUCCCUGCUCCAGAUACCAACCGGAUGUGGGGAACAAACCAUGCUUGACCUGGCAGCGGAUGUCUACGUCACAGAUUACCUGGACUGUGUCAAUCAACUGAAUGAAGACAUCAAGACCAAAGCCAUCGAUUUUAUGGAGAGUGGCUUCCAGGGUGUGCUGACCUACAAACACAGCGACGGAUCUUUCAGUGCUUUUGGUAACAGAGACAAGUCUGGCAGUAUGUGGCUGACAGCUUUUGUAGCCCGCGUCUUCCACCAGGCUAAAGGACACAUCUUUGUGGAUGAAAACAUCCUUAACGACGCCAUCCAGUGGAUGAUACAGCAACAAAAUACCGACGGCAGCUUUCCUGAACCUGGGGUGGUACUUAGCCGUACCAUUCAGGACCAAGCAGGUUCAGGGGUCAAGUUAACCCUGUUUGUUCUGAUCUCACUACUAGAGAACCUUGAUGACAUGAAGUACCUGAAUGUUGAUGAGGCCAUACAAAAAGCCCUGGCCUACGCUGAACAGGAAGUUGCCAAGUUGGAUGAUCUCUACGUUCUCGCCAUGGCGUCUUACGCUUUCCAACUGGCCGGCAGCAACAUGACCCAAGCUGUUCUAGACAAACUGGAGGCUGAGUCAACUCAGAAGGACGGCAUGAGAUACUGGCAGCAGCCAGAUCCACUGAAGAUCAUCACGCGCCAUAGCCCCAACCCCGCCAAGGCCGUUGACAUUGAGAUGACCGCCUACGUCUUGCUGACCUACACAAAGCGGGGCGACUUGGUGGCGGGCAAGAGCAUCAUGCAGUGGAUCACCAAACAGAGAAACGCCAAAGGAGGCUUCACGUCCACACGGGAUACCGUCGUCGCCCUGAACGCCCUCAGCGAGUACGCCAAACAGACGUACAGCAACAAAUUACAAGUCCACAUCACCACCCAACUGGACGAUGAGACUACCUACAACUUUGAUAUUGACAAGACCAACUCACUUGUGUUGCAGGCUAGAGAGAAUACAAAAGUACCAGCGCAAGUUGUGAUCACUGCUACUGGCUCAGGCAUGGCACUUGUUCAGGCUGCUCUAAGCUUCAACGUGCUGUCAGAUAUAGAGCCAGAACACUUUGAUAUAGAAUUGGAAAUAUCAUAUGAGGAUCUCAUCUACUUGGGUGUGAUAACUUGCACAAGAUGGAUAGGAAAGGGCACAAACAGCGCCAUGGCUGUCCAAGAGUUUGGUAUCCCAUCAGGCUUUGAGGCUGACCUUGAAAGUUUCACCGAGCUGGACAUCGUGAAGAGAGUCGAGACACAAAACAAGAAGCUCAUCCUCUACUUCGACAAGAUCGGCAGGUCGCCUGAGUGUUUUUACUUUAAAGUCAGACGAGUUGAUUUUGUUGCCAAGUCACAGCCAGCUGCCGUCAGGGUCUAUGACUACUAUGAGCCAAGUAAUCAGGUGACAGUGUUCUACCAAUCACAACUUCUGGAAGAUUCCACCAUCUGUGACGUCUGCCGGGAAUGUGAAAACUGUCCACCAGUAACUGAACAAGAAGAGGUCGAAAGUGACUUAUGGGAUAAAUGCAAAGCUAUCUUCGAUUGGUGUGCGGAAAUAAUCUUUGAUAUUAUUCAUCUUUUAUAGCAAGGAAAAUCUUAAAUCAAAGAAAAUGCGGCUUUUAAACAAGUCUUUGUUUGUAUUACCUUACAUUUGUUUAAAUCUUUUACUAAUUUAUAUAAAUAUUAUAAAUCGCUUUAUAUUAGCUUUUAAAUACCUAAUUUUCUUUAUUGGUAUAGACUUUUAAACUUACCAACAACGCUUAAAGAAAUGAUUUGCGUUUUAUCCAAAAUGUAUUUUCU